AUAAAAUAGUAUAAAAGCGAAAAUCAACCUGCAGAAUGUAUCAGUUUUUGUUUAUCAGUCAAAUAAGCUAAACAUCAAACAUUAUCAAAAUGUUCAAAAUCAUCGCCUUCGUAUUCAUGGUUGUUGCCUGCGUGUGCGCUAAACCAAAGCCAGAUGUGAUCGCUUACAGUGCUCCAGUUGUUGCUGCUCCAUUUGCCUCAAGUGCAGUCGUUUCGCGUGAAUUCCAUGGUAACACAGCUCCAUACGUUGCCGCUUAUUCUUACCCAUACGCAACAGCCUAUGCAGCACCAUACGUUGCUGCCGCUCCAUACUCGGCAUAUGCAUCGACAGUUCUUUUGUAAAUCAAAUAACCUGAUUGUUAAUUAUGAUUUCCGAGAGAAAUGACAUUUGCCCUGCAAUAUUUUAACACCUACCUCAAGGGAUUAAUUCUUUAUUUUCAAUUGGCAAUAAUUUUUUUCCGUUUUUGGAAAUGAUUUACAGAAGAAAAUAAAACUCUAAUGGAAAUGAAAACACAA